UUCUCCCUCUAUGGCUUCUUUCGCUGCUAAUUCGGGUGUGUCGUCUUCAAGCACUUCGUUGUCUGAACCCUUUGUUUAUACCAACUACAUCAAUGUGCAUUUAUCCAUUGACAAGUUGGAUGGUACAAAUUACGCGACAUGGGCAUCCGAUAUCAAACUUUGGCUCAAGAGUCAAGGAUAUGAAGAUCAUCUCACCCAGAGUGUAACUACAGUUGCUGCAAAUGAAGUUUCCCGCUGGACGAAAAUUGAUGCCCAAUUAUGCAUCGUCAUUAAGUCCACCAUUAACUCUUCGCUGAAACAAAUGUUUCGUUCAUAUGAAACAUGUUCAGACAAGGCACAGGCCAAGUUGUUAUACACCAAUGACACUCAGCGUCUUUAUGGUGUUUGUCAGGAUCUUUUCACGGUUGUUGCUCCGCGGAGUCCUGGACCCAUGGCUGAAUAUUUGGGCAAAAUUCAUGCCCUUUUCCAUGAGUUUAAUGAGUUAUUGCCUCCGGCCUCCACUUCAGCUGAAGAACUUGAGCAACGAUCAAAGUUCUUUAUGUUGUUGGCAUUACAUGGUCUUUCUGAUGAAUAUUCCCAUGUUCGCGACCAGAUUUUGGGGUCUCCUGUUGUGCCCAACUUCACUGCUACUAGUUCUGCCCUUUUACGUGUGCCAAGAAAACAAAUUAUUGAUACAUCUACUUGUGUUGAUGAUUCCUCAGUCUUGGUCUCUCAGCGGGAUGAUCGUAAUCGUUCUCGCAAGCCGGGAAAGGGACAACCCAAGUGUGACCAUUGUGGCAAACUAGGCCACAAGAUUGACAAAUGUUAUGCUCUACAUGGACGUCCUCCUCAGUCUGCUGUAGUGGUUCACUCUGAUCCUCCUCCCCGAUCAGCGACUGUGGAUCCUGCUUCAUCUGAUACCGCAGGGCACCCUGCCAUUUUCAACGACUUUCUCAAAUGGUAUGAGGAACGUCAGAGUUCUAGUUCCACUACAUCUACCUCUGUUGCACGCACAGGUACAUCAUUUGUUGACCUGACUCACUCUGAUUCUCUUGGUCCUUGAGUUCUUGACUCAGGCGCCACA